AUGGAGUUUAAGGACUUCAUUAUCUACCUCCGGAAUUUGAUAAAGGAUAAAUCUCAUGAUAUGUAUUAUUGUCUUCCAAAUCGGGCCAUAAUAGAUGGGUUAAGAGAGCUGAGAGAUGAAGACUAUUAUGUGAGGUUUCUUGAUGUUAGAUAUAGUAAUGAUUGUAAAAUCAGUAUCUAUAUUGAUCAUUACCACGAGACAAUUACAGAAUGGAUUGAAGAAGAGAAAGUUGAAGAAGGGGACACUGUUAGUGAUAUAUGUGAAGAUGAUGUGGACUCGGUCAUGGCAGAUGAUGUGUCACUGGACCAUGAAGCUGACGAUGAGAUUCUUGAAAUUCCAAAAUAUGUUGAUCCUUUUUUGUCCCACAAAAAUCCUAUUCCAGAAGGAAGGGUAGAGGAUGAAGCUGACGAUAAUGUGUCAUAA